AGAUGAACAAGUCAUAUUUCCUCCAAUAUCUCUGGAGAAAUCAGGAAAAAUGUCUCCUGAGUUGCAGCAACCUGGGAAACAGGCUAAAGCAGAUGAUGUUCAACUUCCUGAUAUCCAGGAUACAGGUAAUCAGAGGACGGUCACACCCCCGGGGAGAGAAGGUGGUCAGAGGACAGCGGGUCCACCGGCAGGAGCUCCUGUGACACCCGGCCCAAAACAAGCACAAGAAGAUAAAUGCGACUCUUCUAUCAUGUCAGCUGACCAAAUGGUUGGAGAUGACCCAAGAGGGCAGGAUGCCGUAGAUAGUGCAGGAAAACCAUAUGAUCAGGAUCAAAAGAGCACUGGUGGUAGUAUUGAUUGGCACAGCCAAAAAGAUGGCUCUUGCGAUGGGGAGUCUCAAAAUUUGACUGCUGCCGAGCACUCUGAUGAGGAGCUGAGAUAUCGAACUGUAGGUGGUGAGAAGGAUGUGCUGCAACAGAGUCCUUCACUUCCUUUGAUCAGCUCGAAACCAACCCGUGCAGCAUUCAGCACCACAGACAAAGCUGGAAUGGAGACGAAGACACCAUUAAUGGACAGGCAACAAGAGGCACGAAUAGUUCCACAAGAAUCGAAAGGGGGCACCUCUGGGGAAGACAAGAAGUCAGUCGGUGUAGAGGAGGCUGCAGCCAUGGUCGAGGUGCAGGAAACAGUGGCAGACGCCACUCAGGAGGCAGUAGACGUACCUCAAGAUGUUGCUGAUGCUGACGGAGCACCUGGCCAAGUGACAGAGCACCAAACGGUACAGGGGGAGGAAGCUACUGAAGAACCGUCUGCUGAGGAAGCAGCAGCAGACGUUCAGGGAGAGGCAGUUGAAGAUGAAGCCGCAGAUGCCACGGAGGCUGAAGUUGAUGCAGAUGCCACACCUGCAACUGAGGAAGAAGCUGGUGAGACAGGAGAGCCACCUGCUGAAUCUGAAGCUGUGUCUGGUGGUCAGCAAGAAGAGGAGACUGCUGGACAAGGUGAGGCAGAGAUGGUUUCUGCUGACGUGGAAGAACAGGACACAGAAGGAGAGGCUGCUGAGGGAGAGCAACAGGCUGUAGAGCCUCAGACCGAGGGGGAAGGAGCAGAACAGCAGACUACAGAGGCUGCUCAAGACCAUGUUGAGAUGACAGAGGCUACUGAAGACCAGGCAGAGACCGCAGAGGCUACAGAAGACCAGGUUGAGGGCACAGAAGACCAGGUAGAGGCAACAGAAGACCAGGCAGAGGCAACAGAAGACCAGGUUGAGGGCACAGAAGACCAGGUAGAGGCAACAGAAGACCAGGCAGAGGCAACAGAAGACCAGGUUGAGGGCACAGAAGACCAGGCAGAGGCAACAGAAGACCAGGCAGAGGCAACAGAAGACCAGGUAGAGGCAACAGAAGACCAGGUAGAGGUGACAGAAGACCAGGUAGAGGUGACAGCAGAGCAGGGAGAGACUGUAGAGAGUGCCGGAGCGCAAGUGGAAGCUACAGAAGACCAGGGGGAAACCGCAGAGGGUGAUGCACAACAGGAGACUGCUGAAACUGGUCAAGCUGAGGAAGAGGCUGGGACCAGGUCCAAGCCCUCGUCGCCCACGCAGCAAGCAGAAGGUGACAAAGAGGCAGGAGAAGGUGGUGAGGGAGAGACUGAUGCACAGCAGGAAGGUGAGACGGGUGAGCAGGAGGUGGCAGCAGACGCACAACAUGAUGAGGAGAAGUCUGACCCUGAGAAGGGCGCGGCUGAAGUGACAGAGAAAGCAGAUACUGAGAAGGGUGAAAAAGAAUUAGUGCAAGAGCAAACUGAAGGAGGAGAGCAGGCUCCUGCAGAGGGAGAGCAGGCCACGGCAGAGAGUGACCAAGCCAAGGCAGAGGGAGAGCAGGCCGAGGUAGCACGCGAAGCUGGCCAGACACCUGGUGGGGAGAGUGAGGAGGAAGAGACGCCGCGACCUGAUGAGGAGGAGGACAUCGAUGCGGAUACCGGCAUCAAGAAGAUUGAAGAGGAAGACAGGAUCCCCGAGGAUUUCUAUUACAACUAUGAGGAGCACAUGUCAAAGGCUGUCAUCUCCGAGGAGUCGGGCCUACCACAGGAUAUGCUCACUCUAGACCAUUCGUUCGGUUACGACUGUCAGAAACGCUCCAAUCUUCAUCUCCUGGAUGAGAACACGGUCAGCUUCGUGGCAGGAAACAUGGUGCAGAUCCUAAACCUGAAGACGAAGGAACAGACGUACAUCAGGAGUACCUCAGGGGGCAGUAUCGGUGCCAUUGCUGUGCACCCGAGCAGGCAGUUUUUUGCCGUGGCAGAGAAAGGAGAGUGUCCAAACAUCAACGUGUAUGCAUACCCCUCACUCAAGCUCUACAGGAUCCUAAGAGGAGGCACAGAGUCUGCAUACGCAUUCGUCGACUUCAGUCCUGACGGCAAACUGCUUGCAUCAGUAGGAAUGGCGCCUGACUUCAUGCUGACUAUCUGGAACUGGAGACAGGAAGCGAUUGUGCUCAGAUCGAAGGCAUUCUCCCAGGAUGUCUUCAGAGUGUCAUUCUCUACGGAGCUUGAGGGUCAGCUUACAUCAUCGGGUACUGGACACAUCAGAUUCUGGAAAAUGGCUCACACCUUCACCGGCCUCAAACUCCAAGGUCAGAUCGGUAAAUUUGGUAAGACGGAGAUCUCCGACAUUGAAGGCUACGUGGAGCUCCCUGACGGUAAAGUGCUGUCGGGAUCUGAGUGGGGGAACCUGCUACUGUGGGAGGGCGGACUCAUUAAGGUCGAGAUCGGCCGGAAGAACAAGAAACCGUGCCAUAACGGUGUGAUCCAACAGAUAGUGAUGGAUGAGGGAGAGUUGAUGACAGUCGGCAUUGACGGAUGUAUCAGGGUUUGGGACUUUGAAUCAAUCGACACGGCUGAUGUGACUGAUGACUCGCCCAUCUUUGAGAUGGAACCAAUGAAUGAGCUGAAUGUUGGUACGGGAGACGUCAGGCUCAAGUCCAUCAUCAAAUCAGUUGAUGCUGAUGAACCGACACUCUGGUAUGCCCAGGAUGCCUACGGAGGGAUCUGGAAGCUGGACCUGUCCUUCUCUCACACAUCCCUCGCCCCGGAGAAGCUCAUGUCCUACCACGCCGGUGCCAUCUCUGCCUGUGAUACGUCACCAACGAGUCAUUUAGUCGCCACAUGUGGUGCAGAUCAGUCCGUCCGCGUUUACGACUACCUCUCAAAGAAUUUACUCAGCGAGGCCAAGUACAAUGCUGGUGGAACUAGUCUGCUGUGGGCUCCACAGAUCGUUGAUCCAAAGGGCAGCACCAUCAUCUCUGGGUACGAGGAUGGUGUUGUGCGAGUCCUACGCUUCCAUCGCAAAUCGGAAGAAGACACCGGCAAGAAAGUGAAAGAUGAAGCGAGUGCCAUCAUCCUGUUCCAAGCAUUCAAACCGCACACGCACAAGGUCUCCGCUCUUGCUAUUGACUCGAGGGGCGAGGUGCUGGCCACAGGGUCUGACGAUUGCACAGUGUUCUUCAUGACGGUCGGUAAUGAACAGGAGGAGUUCUACAAUCCCAUCGGGUUUAUAAAGGUGGCAGCACCAGUCACACACAUGCAAUGGUCACCGUCCAAGUUCGAUCGUAACACGCUGCUCGUCUUCAUGGCAAAUGGUCAGGUGACCGAGAUUGAAUGUCCUGAUCUCGACAACCUCGACUCCUCCAAGACGUACCAGAUCAGAGGAGUCCACAAACGAGAUUACAAAUUCGCCAGCGUCAAGUCAAAACUGCGGCAUGAAGAGGAACUCGAGAGGAAGGCAAAGGAAGAGGAGGAGAGGAAGGCUAAGGAAGAGGAGGAGAGGAGGAAGAGGAUUGAGAGAGGUUUGGAGACAGAGUCAGAACAGGGAGAUGAAGAAGUUUCAGAGGAAGAAAAGAAGAAAGAAGAGGAAGAAUGGUCACCGUUUAUUCCUGAGGAGCCAAGUCCUAUCCUUCAUGGUUUCUACGGGAAAGAGGAGGGAUCGUUCUGGCUGUCGAUGGGUGGCUUUGAUGCUGGAUACCUGUACGAGGGCAAGUUUACAGAUGAGCCUGCAGAAUCUCCAGCUGAGCCUCCUGCUGAGGUGGCAGAGGAGGAACCGAUCCAGUCCAUACCGGUCGCAGACUCUGCUGAUAUCCCUAUCACUUGUAUCAAAUUCAGCACGUCUGGUCGCCAGGUCAUCAUGGGAUUGGAGAACGGUUCUGUGCGCAUCCAGCCCAUUGAGCCUGAAGACAUGAAUGACCUGAGUACGAUCGGACCCCACUGGACUCUACCGAUGCACGACAACCAGUACGGCCAUGUCUCCAGCCUCGCUUUGAGUCACGAUAACAAGUACCUCUUCACGGUCGGCGCUGAUGGAAACUUCUUCACGUAUCAAGUGAUUGACGAUGCUCAGCUUGAGGAGAGGAUCAAACAAGAGAAGGCCAAGCUACCGUCAGCCAGGAGAGACCUAGAAGAGCGCCAUGUUGAUGACAUUGAUGACAUGAAUGCAUACAGCAUCGAGGACGCGCGUCAGAAGGCCGAGUACGACAGGAUGAUGAAGGUCGCUGACGAGAAGAAACAGAAUGUCCGCAAAACCAUUUCUCAGCUUCGGUUGCAGUUCAAGAAGUUAGUCGAAUCAAAUGAUGAACUGCCAAGGAAUCUGCAGCUGUUGAGGAUGGAAUUUGAAAUGGAUCCUGAAAUCAAGAAAGAGUUGGAGCGUCAGACGCACGACAAGAUUGCCUUGGUUGGCAAGGAGAUGGCGUGGGAGGCAGAGAAAUGUCGCAUUGCACUCGAAAAGUUACGACAGAGAUUCAAAGAUGUUGUAGAGUGUGAACGAAUCGUCCUGAAGUGCUUCCAGUCACCACAUGAAGUGUGUUCCUUCCGGGCGAGCAAUCUCUCCGAUGAAUUCUACAACCUGAAGGCAGAGAUGGAACGCCGUAGGACGACUUUCAUGUCGAGGGACGAGGUUAGCCGGGAUCCUACAAAAGAUUUACUCCGAGGUCAGUCAGGUAUGAUGGGCGGUGAUGACAAGAGCCAGACCAAGGACGACGGCGCUGAUUUGAAGGUGAAAACGACACUGAAAGGAAGCAUGGGCGAGCGUAUCACGAAGGCGCUCAAUAAAGUUGAGGAGAAGAAGAGAAAGAGGGCGCAGCGACGAGCCCAGUGGAACGAGCUCUACGGCAGCAAACCAGAUGAUAAUUACGAGGAUCCCGCCGACGUGGCGGCCAUUAGGGAGGCACAGGAGAACAUGGGCGACUAUAAACUCAAAACAGCUGAUGAUUACGUCGUACCAGAUCAUCUCAGGAUGAACGCCGAGAAAGCUCGCAACAGAUUAUUGAUCUUGAAAGAUCUGAUUCAUCAACAUAAAUACGACUUCAACCAGAAAUUCCUGGCCCUCCGCGACAAGAAGAUACAAAUCAUCGAAGAGAUUAAGGAGAUUGUUAUCAAACUUACUAAAGUCCAGAAGAAACUGUCUGCUGAGUUUACCAAGCCGCUGCCACACAUACCAGAGAUGCAUAAAGAUGAGGUGCCUGAGAGGAAACUCGAGUAUACGAAGGAGAUGUUGCUUCGCUUCAAGAAGGAGAUGGAGGAGAAGACACUGCAGGCUUUGAAGGGACCCGACACUGGCUUCGGGGGAGCAGGCACAUUCGCACCAAAAAAGACAUCAGUAAUGGAAGCACCGACCAAACAGGGCACGGCGUUGUCCACCAUCUUGGGUGAUGCGAGUGUCGAGGAGGAAGGUGCACCUACACAGGAGGUAGAGUUGACAUCGCUCGAGAUUAAACUGAGGAAGGUUGAACAAAUCAAACUGAAAUACGAGCAAGAAUCUCUCCUCGAUCGAGUUUCCAACCUCCUGCAAACAUUCGACGCCGAGCUCCAUGUUCUACGUCACGAGAAAUUCAAACUGGACGUGAUUAUGAAGAAUGCUGACCUGCGUCAUGUGACCUUGUUCGAGGAGUUAGUCCUGCUGAAGGAGUUUGAGAAACGUGAGAACGUCCUGGCAGCGAAGGUGGAGGGCAAACAACAAGAGAAGAUGGACAUGCAGGCAAAGGUUGUUGACUGCCAGCAGAAGUUGGAUGUGAAGCGAAAAGAUAUAGAAAAAUACCAAGAAUUGGAGAAGAACCUAACGGCUACAUUCCUGCAGACGCUUGGAGAUAAUAACAAAUUCGCCGAAUAUUUGACGAAAGUUUUUAAGAAGAAAAUCAAGAGGGCGAAGAAGAAGACAACCGAGGGAGAAGAUUCCGAUGAUGAAAGCGACGAAGAGAGCGAUGAUGAAUCUGAUUGGUCAGACGAAGAUGAGGAAUCUGAUAGCGAGGCUGGUGGCUACGAUCUUGACGUCUGCCCACCGCAGUGUGAACAGUCGCUGUACGACAACACAUGCCAGCUGCGCGAGAAACGUUUAGAUAUCGAGGAGGCGUUGUCAGAGGAGAAGAAGAUUAACGAGGCGCUCAAGAAGGAGUUGGAGAGUUUGCAGAAACGUGCCAAGGUCAUUGACAGCAAUCUGAGGACGGCUGAGGGAGACUUGGAAGCGUUCCAGCUCGAGAAGCAACAGAAACUGAACGAACUUGAUGUGGUCGUCACGCUCAAACUCCACCAGAUCCAACACAUCAUCAACGGUGUGCUGCCACAGGACCUCACCACCUGUCUCGUCUUCGAGGCGCCGGGCGUCGUACAUCUUCAGCGACGAAUCAAAGAAUUGGAACACGAGAAAAAUCUGCAGAAGAAACAACAAAAAGAGGCAAAGAAGAAACACGUCCAGCUCAUAAAAGAUCGCAAACUCUUUGAGAAGCGUAUCGGCGAGAUGGAGGAGCAGUGUAACCAGAUGAUGCUGCUCAAGUUUGGCCGCAUCGUCGACCUUGAGAAGCUCGAGACGGUGACGGUCAAUCGACAGCUGGAAGAGUUGAAAGAGAAGCUGCGUCAGAGCGAGACAGAAUGUGCCGCUGAGAUGGUACUCUGGGAGGAGAAGAUUGAACGACGAAAGGACAGAAUCACGGACCUGAUUCGUGAAAACACAAAUCGUUUAGAACAACUGAACAUGCUGCUCGGGGAGAAGAAAGAUUAUGAAGGGGAACUGGACUCGAGACAGAAAAAUCUGGGCACUGAAUUCAGCGGCAGCCGUAAAGCGGACAUCCACGAGAGACAGCGGCUCAUCCAACUCGUCCAGCUGCAGGCCCAGGAGAUUGAGGCCCUCAAGGACGAGAUCACGCUGCUCUCCCAUAAAGGAGGACACAUCCUACCACCGGCACAGCCGCCAUUGCCCGGAGCACAGAGGCAAAUGACGCAGUAAACGGGACGCGACGUUCAAAAACAUUUUGGAACUGUUAUUUCAAGCCUGGAACAGUGUUGUGCUGGGACUUGUACAAACUAUAUUCUGGUGUCAUUUUGAAACAAGAGGGACAGACUUUGAAACUCACCUCAUUCAGCUAUUGUGCUCAAGAACCCAUUAACUACCAUCUCAAUAUGUUGGUCUAGUUUAAAAUGGCCAAUGCAUUUCUGGCUGUCUACCCAAGAGAGUCUAGAUCCAUCUCUCUUGCUUCAAAAUUUUCCUCCAAUCAUACUCAAAACUUGCUUUAUUCAACUUGCGAGCCAAUCACAAGUUUAUUAUUCACUGAGGCUCGUCACAGGCUGUAGACAGCAUGUUUCUGUUCAUAAUCAUCUGGUCAGUCAGACUGAUGUCAACUUGUCGCUGUAUCAAACACCGUCCUUGAAUGGCAUCGUUAGACUGCUGAACAGUGGAAAGAUGGAUAGUUUGUUUUGAAGUCGGCAGUGUUGCUCCAGAGAUGACAUCUGCCUCAUCAAGACAUUCAUAAUCAUUCCACCUGAUGAUGCCGACCGGAGUAGGAACCGUCUGGCCAAUCUUAAUCAUUAUCAUUCCGUCCAAUACAAAUUCAAUUCAAUUCUAUUCCAGAUUGAUCAUUACGUUAUUUUAAGCUGUUAAGAUGCCUAAUCCGUCCAUAUGUAAUUAUUUGACCCUCUGAAGCCAUGCUUCUUCUAUCACGAUUUUCUAUGGUUUUAACUUUGCAAGUUCUCGGUCGAUUCUUACCCCACUGUGAUACAUGUGAAUGUGAUCAUCACGACAUCAUAAUCGUGGUUUGUAAUUAAAUUAUCAAUAAAUGAUUAUUUGUUCAUUA